UGGGUGCGUCAUCGUGAUAUACACUUGUUAACAGUGGGCCGUUAUACUUACACCUCAGAUCAAAGAUUCGAGGCAAUGCAUUCACCACAUGCUGAAGAUUGGACACUGCGUAUACGUUAUGCCCAGCGUAAAGAUUCGGGUAUUUACGAAUGUCAGAUAUCAACAACACCGCCAAUUGGUCAUUCGGUUUAUUUGAAUAUCGUGGAACCUGUUACUGAAGUAAUUGGAGGUCCAGAGCUGCACAUUAAUAAGGGAUCAACUAUAAAUUUAACUUGUAUUGUUAAAUUUGCACCAGAACCUCCACCCACAGUUAUAUGGUCACAUAAUCGGCAGGUCAUAAAUUUCGAUUCACCACGUGGCGGUAUAUCAUUAGUAACGGAAAAAGGUGUUUUAACCACAAGUCGUUUAUUGGUACAGAAAGCAAUACAACAGGAUUCUGGACUUUAUACAUGUACGCCUUCGAAUGCAAAUCCAACAUCUGUGCGAGUACAUAUCGUUGAUGGUGAACAUCCUGCGGCUAUGCAUCAUGGUGGCACCACACAUCUGCAUGCCUCACCAUAUACUGUAAUAAUACUUUGGGCCUUCGUAUUAUUAUGGCUACAAAAACAACAGCUACAAAGUAAUCUACGUCAAUGUAUACGUUGGCGCAAGGGGACCAUUAAAUUGCGAAAUAAACAGCAACAACAGUCAGGGCCAACACUAAAGCAUAGACAACAACACCAGCUGCAGCAACAGGGACAUCUAACACGGUUACUGUCACAUCAUCAUCAGCAUUAUCGGCAGCAACAACAACGACAUUAUUACUUUGAUAUUAAAUCCCAACAUAGUUGUUUGUUAUUGUGGUGGCAACAUAGAUCUCCAACAAAUCUACAAUUGCCAAAUACAUAACCAUUAAAAGAUAUACUAACACAUUUUAAAUAAAACAACAAAAACAAAUAAAUUAUUAACAAUUUAAACAGAAAAACAAAAAUAUUUAAUAUGAUGAAAAAAAACAACCUAAAACCAACACACCUACAACCACAAAAAUUUAAAUAAGUAAAUAAGAAAAUGGCGGAGAGGAAACAAAAAGUCCCCCUACCUUCCAAUACCACAACCGUAAAACAGAUAAGACAGAAUUAACAAGUAAAUAAAAAACAAAAUAAAAUUCCAAUUUGUAUAUAAAAUUAAUAUUAAGUUUUUAAAUGUAUUUUUUAAUAACAGGCAAAAAACAAAGCGUACACAAACAGACGAGGAAGGGAUGAAAAGUAUUUUAGAGAUUUAAACUUAGAUUUGAGAUGAAAUUCAAUCA